AUGUCUGACUACAAGCCCACUGAACACGACGGCCUUCGCAAGGAUGGUCAGCCCGACAAGCGCGUUGGCACUGGUGAGUUCAAGGGUGGAGACCCCGUCGAGCUUGGCAAGAAGGGAGGCAAGUCCUCUGGUGAGACUCAGGAGGAGAAGGACCAAGAGUAA